UUUGUAUUGUUGGUGCAACUGUUUUGACCGUAGAGCGUAGACAGUCGACUAAUAAACGAACUGUAUUUUGUAAAUAAAGCUGUCAGCUGGAUGAACCAGAGGACAUUGAUAGACUUUAGUUAUUUGUGUUUGUUUGUGACAUGAGCUAAGUAUUUGGGCGGUGGUCAGGAAGCGGCAGAGAUGUUGAACACCAGCGCGACGUUCUUCGUCAAGGGCGGCGACACGGGGUUCGCGGACAGGGAGAAGCGCCUGCUGGAUUGCCUGGCCGCGGCGGAGAGCGAGAAGAACGGGCGGCGGGACUCGUCGCUGAACGCGGGCGGCGAGCCGGCGGUCGGUGAGGCGUCGCGCCCGUCGCGCAAGCGGCGCCGCGCGGAGACGAAGCCGUUCCGCGGCAAGGAGAGCAUCUUCAAGGAGCCCGGCGACCCGCCACCGAGGGCCAGGGCCCGGGACGACGUGCCCGACCACCACCGCAACCCGCACAGGUGGGUGAGGUACAGUCUGGGCGACGUGUCGCAAGAGGACAUGUCCGACCAGAGCAACACGGCCGCCGCGCUCUCCUUCCUGCGCGAGCUGGAGCUGAGGAAGGAGCUCCUGGCGGGGGGCGACAUGAUGGACUGCGACCCGCCGGGGCCUGCCCCCGUCGUCUUCAAGCGCCCCGCGCAGAGGGGGGGCGACGCCCCCGGCUGCGAGGGGCCCGCCGACAGGGCCGUGUUCAAGAGCAGCAAGCUGGUGAUGCCGGAGUACGUCGUGGGGCGCGACAAGAAGGAGAGGAAGUCGCGGGGGGCUCAGCCCGCCUCCAAGUACGACAAGUCCAAGGAGAUUAAGCUGCAACACCUUCAGUUUGAGGACGAUCCUGAGUAGCGGACCGACAUGGAGAUCUCUUCAUUUGGGAUUACAUAUUUAAAUACAAAUUCAAAUUGAAGAGUAUUGAAGAUAUUUUAUAUCAUGAAUCACUGCACCUAAAUAAAGAUUGACGGUAGUUUGAAUGUUUUCUUUGAAUGUUGAAUGAAUGAUUAUUGACAUCUCAUGUUUGAUGCCCAUAAAUUUUUUUUUGUAACAACCAGCUGGUUGUGAAUUUCAUAUUAUAAUAUCCAGUUUGGUUGCAACUAUGUUUGAUUUGUUUAAAAUGUGUAUUUACUAUUGUCAUAUGUGUAAAAUAUAUUUGUUUUAAACGGUU